CUGUUACCAACACACAGGACACAUGAGAAUCGGACUUAAUCUGGAUAUCGAUUAACUGCGCUAUAAUACCCGUGAAUAGAGAUGAUAUGGAUUGUGAGUAAACAUAAAACGAAAAUGUAUCUUUCGUCUAAAAACAGCAAGUUAAUGGAAAAUGGUGAGAAGCCUAGCCAUUCGUUAGUGUAGCUGGCUAGUUUAGCCACACAGCUACAGCGUCCAGUGGUUCUCGUGCAGCCAGCAACGUCAGUUAGCUAACGCCGAUUUGCUAGAAAUCCAACAGAAAUACAACUGAAUAUCUAUACUGAUUCAUUCACCGAGUGCGCUAACUUCAACGUCUUGAGUGCAUUGUUGAAACUUAACUAUGCGGAAUGUACAAGACUGAUAUUGUAACAAUGACGGAAAUGCGUUAUGCGGGUAAAAGAGAAUCCAGCUGCGGCAACGCUCACAUCCAGCAGCGCCAACAUCUGCAGACGGACGAUCCUCAUAAAAAAGUUUCUCGGUCCAUUUCUAUUUUUCUUGCUUCAGAGCUGAUUUCGAACAUCAUGGAAUGACAUCAUCCUCUCAUAUGGAACUGGGGCUAUGUGAAAAACAGUGUCUGAGAUAUACAAUGGGUAAAGAGUGCUCCUGCAUAUUUUGAAGCCAAGUUGGCUGCUAGACUUAUGAGAGCCAGAGGUGCCAAGGAGGGAAGCUUGGCUCGGCUGCCGAAGAAGCACUGAAUGAAUAUUUAAUCGCCCUUCAGCACAAAAACAGGAUCUUAAAGAGACUGAAAACUAAAGAGCCAACGGAGAUUGAGCUAGAUUGUCUGGAGCAGGGCUUCUCCAUCUAUCUGAAUGGGGGUAAUGCUAACGCUAGCAAGCAGACCAAGAGACCCAACCAGAAGUCUGUCACCUCGCCACCGCCCGCUCUGAGAGCUACACACACAGCUGAUGCCUCCAGAAGGGGUUCGCAGCUAGCAGAGGAGGAAAUCCACAAUCUGGAGGUGAACAGCAGGAAGAGGAGUCUGCCCUGGGAAAAGUGCAGAGGAGAGAAUGGGUUCAGAACUCGUUCAAUAUUCGAACAGAACAAGGACCCUGUUUGCGGAUAUCUCCAGAGAGUCGGUACUCUGAAGACUUUGAGCCCUACGACAGCAUAGAGAUGGAGCGGUCGAGUCCACGCUCUCCUCAUAGUCCCCACUCGCGGCGAGAAUCCUGUAAGGUGUCACGUUCGUUUGGCUCCAGGGCUGAUGGCCGAGGAGGUAGCCAGGUGGAGCCUGAACAUCAAAGCGAACGUGUCCUACUCAACAUUAACGAGGUCAAGGUGCUUCGACGGAGCCUGGAGGUGAGCAUGCGGCGGAGCAGCGGCAGCCGGGGGUCGGCGGGAGAGGAGUCAGACGAGGAGUGGGUGGAGGAGCAGAUUGAGAGGGAGGAGAGCACGGAGAGCCUGGAAGAGCUAGGUCUGCCUCUUUCCUCCUCCUCCAACAAAACAUCUACUAACACAAACCAUCCGCGAGCCACUGGGCCCAAAGGCUGCCUUCACGACCCUGCAGACCUUAUAGUGCUGGACUUUGGGCCCUCUCCUAAAGGCCGUAAGAUCGAGCGUUCGCUGUCGGCCAAGAGGAAAGACAACCUGGAGACCUACAUACCCACCAAGCCUCUGCUGGUGAAGAGCAAAACUCUGGACAGGCCCUCUUCAGAAGAGUGCAGGGAUGGCAGAGAUCCUCAACGGCCGUGGAAUCAUGUAGAGCGCCCCCUGUCUGCAGCAAGGAAGGCCUCCCAAGAGGAGCGCGACUCGGAGGAGACGGCUUGCAGGGUGCUCCAGGCCCUGCAGAGAGAGAACAGCCCUCUGCAGAGCCCCGAGCCCAGGGCCUUCAGCCGCACCCCGGUGAUGGGAUACCAGAUGAUGAACGGCUCGCUGCGUGACGACGAUGACGACAAAGAUGAAAGUGGGGUGACCAGAGCCAUGCAGAGAGUCAUCCUCAUGGGUCCCAGGCAACAGCAGAGACUACUAAAGGCGUUGGAGAAACUAGAGGCUGGCACAAACUUUGAAAUCCCGCAGACAGUGAAGACGGAUAAUAGCAAACCACCGAGGAGGCGGGUCUCGGUGGAGGCACCACCCACCGUGUACGUCACCAUGGAGAUCCUGAGUAACUGGGGGAACAGGUGCCUGGUGGGGCUGACGGAGAUGCAGUUCUUUGGCCCAGGGAACAGGAAGCUGUACGUGUCGCCUCACGACUUGGACAUCCGGAACGCCGACUCCCCUGGGAACCUCGGAGUGCUAGUCAAUGGGAAUGCUAAGACCACAAAGGAGUGUCAUAUGUGGACCUGUCCUUUCCAUCUCCCGGUUCAACUGUACUUCAUCAUCAGGAACUUGGAGCGCUCUCCGGACUUUGGGAUAUCCCUGAUCAAGAUCUGGAACUACAACAGGAGCCUCAGUGACCUGGACGUUGGUGCCCGGCAUGUGAAUCUUUACCUCAACAGCACUCUGGUGUUUGAAGGUGAGCUGGACAAGGGCUGUGGCAACCAGAUCUUUGAUUACAGCACCAGCAUCGACCUCCAGGCACUCCAUGUCCCAGAAUCCUUCUCUCCCAGCCCAGUGGGGUCCGGCCACAGUCUGCGGGGUGCCAGCCCACAGCGCCAUGACGAGAGUGGCGCGUGGGUGGAAAGCAGAGGGGAGAAUCGAGACCCCAACCACAGACUAUCUGAGGGGCUAGCCCAGGUCAGGAUAGACAUGCAGGAUCAAAUCUACAAUCCCCCCUCCCCCACAUCUACAAACUGUCCCCCCCUACAGAGGGACUCCUUUGACAUGGACCCUCCGGACCUGGCCCUCCCCCACCCCCCUCUGAAACAGCAGCUGGAGCAGUCGGGUCAACCCACUGAGUGCACAGUCACCACCCAGCCUUCUUCCUCCAGGAGUCCCCAGUGGCUACAGCCCCUGGCCCGGAGCGCCCCCGAGGGCUGCGAGGCCGGAAGGGAGAGACCCCUCUGGCUAGUGCCCCAGCAGUCUGUGGAGCCCAAAUCUCCCCUCCCCCAAUCCACCUCUACCUCGGUGCUCCCGGAGCUGGGCUGUAACCCGGGGAGGGUGUGUCGGGGGGUGGAGAGGACUGUGAACGAGGGCCAAUGGUGUACAGAUUCUUUGGACCUGGGAGGUGACCAGCAGCACCAGGACCGGCCUGUUAGUGGACGUAGGAGCUCAGGCAUGAAUAACAACACCAGUAGCAGAAAACCAGCAGAGGAGCACCAGCAUGGAGCCAUUGGACUGAACACAGAGGAGCCAAGUUCAGUGUCAGGCAGCAUCAGCAAGAGGCAGCAUCGUAUCCCCCGGGCCACGCUCCACAGCCGGCAGGCCCAGGAUGACAACCUCAUGGAGUCCUGGGACUCCCUCACAAAGUUCAACCAGUGCCAGCGUGGUCGCAUCUCCAACAUGGGCUUCGAGGGCGACAUCUUUGACGAGUUCCUCCAGCGUUCCUCCAGAGCCGCCAGUAUCGCCCCACUCACCUCCGACCCAGCAGGCCCCCCCUACAGCCCCUUCCCCUCUUCGUCCCACCUCUCUUCACCCGCCCCUCAAGGGGGCUUCUGCGAUGACCCGGUGGAUUACCUUUUCGCCGAGCCAGAGUUUGAGAUUCCGGUCCUCCCACGUGGUCAACGUCUGGUCAUUAACAUCCUGUCCACAUGGGGUGACCGCCACUACGUGGGCCUCAACGGUCUGGAAGUCUUCAGCUCCAGCGGUCAGCCCGUCCGGCCCGCCCACAUCCAAGCCGACCCGCCUGAUAUUAACGUGCUACCCGCCUACGGCAAAGACCCGCGCGUGGUCGCCAACCUAAUCGACGGAAUCAACCGCACGCAGGACGACAUGCACCUGUGGCUGGCGCCGUUCACCCAGGGGAUGAGUCAUGUGAUCUACCUUGAGUUCGCUGGGCCAUGUCAGGUAGCCAUGAUAAGAGUGUGGAAUUACAACAAGUCCAGGAUCCACUCGUUCAGGGGGGUGAAGGAGGCUGAGAUGCUGUUGGAUGGGAGAUGCAUCUUCAGGGGAGAGAUCGCCAAGGCGUCAGGGACACUGUCUGGAGGUCUGGACCAGUUCGGGGACACCAUCUUGUUCACCACAGAUGAUGAGAUCCUGGAGGCUAUGUCGGGCUACGACGAGACGUUUUGCGGGGAGGCGGAGGGCUUCGAAGAGCUGGUGGGGUAUGAGGAGGAGCUGCAGAGGCCCCGCACGGCCGACGGAGAGGGGGAGGAACGACCCUUCACCCAGGCUGGCUUCAGACCCGAGGACGACCUCGCUUUAAAACUCCAUCUUAACCCAACUGAUGGUCAGUCUGAGGAGACCCUGGAGCAGAUCCCAGGAAUGUACAACGGAAAGUGCCUUAGGAUAGAGUUGAGCAUGACGUGGGGGGACUCCCACUACCUGGGACUGACAGGGUUAGAGGUGGUGGGGAAGGAGGGGGACAGCCUGCCUCUGGACCUGACCAUGGUGGAUGCCUCGCCACGGGACCUCAACGACCUGCCUGAGUACAGCCGGGAAGCACGCACCCUCGAUAAACUCAUUGAUGGCCACAACAUCACCACUGAGGACCAGCACAUGUGGCUGAUUCCAUUCUCCUGUGGCCAGCACCACACCCUGACGGUGAACUUUGACAAGGCCCAGACGGUGGCUGGCCUCCGCAUCUGGAACUACAACAAGACCCCAGAGGACUCCUACAGGGGGGUGAAGGUGAUCCAUGUGUCUCUGGACGAUACACUCAUCUCUCCUGCAGAGGGCAUCCUCGUCAGGAAGGGACCAGGGAACUGUCACUUUGACUUUGCUCAGGAGAUCCUCUUCAUCGACUUUCUCCAGACCCCCACCACUGGCCUGGUCAACAGCAAGAGUACAGGAGAGGAAUCGGCCUACACACUCAAGGCUGGCUCCAGAAGACAGGAGCAAGCCAGCAUGGACUACGAGGCCCCCAUCAUGCCUUGUGGAUUCAUCUUCCAGCUGCAGCUGCUGACCACCUGGGGUGACCCCUACUACAUUGGCAUGAACGGCCUGGAGAUCUAUGACCAAAACGACAAGAAGAUACCCCUCAGUGACAACAAUGUCGCUGCGUUCCCAGACAGUGUGAAUGUCCUGGACAGUGUGAAGGGUGACGUGAGGACUCCAGAUAAGCUGGUAGAUGGAGUGAACAACUCUCAUGAUGGCAUACACAUGUGGCUAGCACCGGUGCUCCCCGGACUGGUGAAUCGCGUGUAUCUCAUAUUUGACCAACCAGUGACCGUGUCCAUGAUCAAACUGUGGAACUACUCCAAGACACCACAGAGGGGGGUAAAGGAGUUUGGGCUGCUAGUAGAUGACCUCCUGGUGUAUAACGGCAUCUUGGACAGUGUGAGCCAGGCGGCGCAGGGCAUCCUGCCCACCUGUGACCCGGCGGUGCCCUACCACACCAUCCUCUUCACCGACAACGCCCACAUUGCCCACCGUGAAAGGAACACUGUCAUCAGCCCCCGCGGUAGCAGACAUCGCGAUCUGAAACACAAUUAUGUGGAGGACCAAGAUGUGAAGAUGACCAAUGAGAACGAGAUAGUCCAUCACCACAAGAAGAAACAAACAGCUGAUCCAGCGCUUCGGCCUAAAACCUGCAUGACAGACACUGGGAAGCUCGGGAAAAGGAGGUACUGACAGAUGGACUGACAGGCAGAUGAUCAGACGGACGUUGAUGGAGUCCCCCUGGUCAAAUGGAGGGAACAGAAAUGAAAGGAUGACGGUUUACUGACAAUCUGCACUAAUCCCACUCGGGGGGACUUUUAACACAAAGCCUUGACCAGCUGAAGAGAACCAUUUCCAUUGCCCUCCAUCAGUAAUUACACUGUAGGGAAGUGUUGCCUAGUGACAGCCCUUGUGUGUAAGUUGGGUCUACUUUAGAAGAGGACAGAGCUUGUACAGAACACAUUUUGUUUGUAUCCAUCUGGCCACAGGAUCAGCCUUCCAUUGUCUCAUUGGAUUGGUUUUCUUGCCACUCGUUCUCUCUAGACUCCUACGUUUCAUCAGAUGAAUAGUACCUGUGUAGUAUUACUACAUCACAUAAUACCUGUGUAGUACUACAUCAGAUGAAGAGUACGGUACCUGUGUAAUACUAUGUCAGUACUACAUCACAUGUAUAGAACCUUUUGUCGUUGCACCUGUUUUGAUUGUCCUUUUCACAGUGUCAGGGUGAACCUAUAUAAGGCUGCUAUGUCGGCCAUCUUCGUGCCUAGUUCUAUUACGGCUCCUAUCUGUCGCUGCUUCUCGUGAUUUUGUGCUGCAUUCUCCUGCUGGCACUGAUGCACAGAUACUCAAAUAUGAUUUCAGUGGCAACAACUACACUCUUAGUAGAUGGGAUCUAGAUCCUAUAUUUAUAAAUGAGUUGUAUUCAUGAAAAGCCUAGUGGGCUAUAGAUUUGAUAGCCCCUAGCCUCUAGCCUAGUGGCAUAACACAUGGAAAUGUAGUAAUGCACCUGCAAUCUGCACCAACGCACAUGAAUGCUAUGCAGUAAACCUGUUAAGGUUUUCUCAUGUCUGUUUUAUCUAGGUGCAUUUGGUGGCAGAUGGGGUUUUAAUACAAAGGGUAGAGAAUAUGACUGUCUUUUCCAUAAAGUAGAAUCAAGCAGAAUAUUGGUCACAUUGAAGCAAUAGGUCUGAUACAGUUGAGCCAUGCAAGACCACUCCAUUUGCCUAAAGGCCCAAUGCAGAUGUUUUAUAUCCAUUUUUAAUAAUUUCUAGGUUACAAUUAAGUACGUUACUGUAAUAGAAUUCUGUUAAAAAUGAGAGUCAUUUUUUAGCAAAUAACUAUUUCUCAAGCAAGAAUGUUCCUAGGACUGUAUGGGAGUGGGUUGAGAAGGGAGGAGGAAACUGAAAACAAUUAACAAUUAAACAAUUUACCGCAUGGUGAUAUCACCAUGGAAAGCCAAAAAUACCACCCAUGCAGACCUGCUGAUUAGAAGGACCUAUCAGGAAAUAACACCGAUCACAUUUCUUCAUACUUUUACAGUGUUAGUUUCAUCAACUGUUGUACAAUAUGAUAGAAAACACAGGGGAAACCAAUUGUGACUGCACUGGGCCUUUAACACAGAAACAGUACGUACACUUUCUUCUUAGAUGUAGAUUUUACAGCACUGAAUAUAUUCAUCUAUAAUAUUUUGGAUUAAUGAAUAUAUUGGUGAACAUGUGUAUAUAUACACACACACCCACAGUUAUUAGAAAAACUUAUUUGAAAAAUAAGUGACCUUUAUUGAAGUUGCUUUAUGUGAAAAUAUUUUUUGAGACCCAUUUGUUUGCGAAAAUGGUCAAAUAUAAUUAAUACCAAAAGUUUAUUGGAGAUAUAUUACCAAUAUAUACAUUGUUGUGUGAACAUCAUGUUGGCUUUUGGUUGAAAAACACCUAAGAAUAUGUAACCAGAAACAACUGAAUAUUUAAUAUGCAAACACUGAAACCAUACCUCAAAUAGGGAAGAUGUGAUCUUUAAAUAGGAUGGCUAUUUGAUGAAAUCUUGUUUUAUCUUGAAUGUUUGAGUAAAUGUUUGAGUAUAAUCCAGUUGUAGUUUUAUUCCUAUACCCAGUAGUAUUUGUUGCAUGGACAAGUUACCACGGUUGAGCCACAAUAUAGCCUAUUUCUUACUUUAUACCCUUGUACUGAAUAUGACAGAGGAGUUGCAUUGCUUUUUUGAAAUGCUAUUUUAUGUAUUUGUUUUAAAAAUGUCAGUCUACAGGUAAACACACUGCGCCUGAGUGAUGAUGGCUAUUACUUGAUGUGUGACAUUCUGUUUUUAAAUAUUUUAUUUUUUUAAAUCUUGUUCAAAUACAUGUAUAUUUCAUGUAGGUACAUUUUAAUAAAUUAAAUAAUUGAAAAACCAA